AUGGAACCGGAUCGCUUCGACGCGGAGUCAAAUGUGACCUAUCCGGUUGAUCAACUUCAACAACAACUACUGCAGGCAUUACAGAAAAAUCGUCAACUCGAAGAAAAGUUGAGUGGCUUGAUGCCAUCAAGUCGAAGCAAUCAAGCCGCCACUUGA